UUUUCUUUCUUUUAUUCUGCGAGGACAGCUUCCAAAACUUGGAUUCCAUGCUACGAAUUCACAUAUGUUAAUUAUUGCAAACACCCCCAACAACAAUAGUCUUUUCUAAACUUGCCUCUUGUGUACUCAUCUCCCUGUCAAUUUAUUCACUGCUAAGUAAAUUUGCAAGUCAACUAUAAGGUCUCCGAUAACCUCUGCUUUUCAUCUCAAGCUGCUUCUUUAUCGCUUUUCAAAUAAAUCAGAGUCUGUCUUCUUCACAAGCUGUAAUCUUUUCUGCUUUUUUUUUUCCCUUCGAGUUUCUGCUCUUUCAGGGCUUGAUUCUAUCUGUGUUUAGCUUCGUUUUUAUGUUUAUGCCUUUGUUUUGCAAGUUUUGGGAUUUUUCAAGCGAGGAAACUUGGUGUGACUCGUUCCUUUGGUUGCUGUCCUCAUUUUCCCCAGCUCUUGACCAUCCAAAAUCAUGGAAAGUGCCAAUGAAAUGACAUCUUCUUUGAGUUUCGCUUCAUCUUCGUACUUAUCAAAUGGGUCUAGUACCCACCACGUAUCAGCCUCAAAUGUUCCUGAGCCUGGUGUAAACCUUGAAAACUUGAGCUUAAACAAGCUUAGUGGCAAUCUUGAAAGGCUAUUACUUGAUAAGGAGUAUGAUUACAGCGAUGCAGAGAUUUUUGUCGAGGGCAUCCCUGUUGGUGUCCAUCGGUGUGUAUUGGCUGCCCGUAGCCAGUUCUUUCAUGAGCUUUUUAAGAAGGGAAAUAACAAUUCGACGAAUGGAGAUAAACCCAGGUACCUCAUGUCUGAUUUGGUGCCCUAUGGUGGGGUUGGAUAUGAGGCCUUUCAUGUUUUCUUGCAUUAUUUGUACACUGGAAAGCUUAAGCCAUCUCCGCCAGAAGUGUCACGAUGUGUUGAUGAUGUUUGUGCCCAUGAUGCUUGCCGCCCUGCUAUUAAUUAUGUAGUGGAAUUGAUGUGUGCCUCUGCCACUUUUCAGAUGAAAGAGCUUGUUUUGCUUUUUCAGCGGCGUCUCCUGAACUUUAUCGAGAAGGCUCUUGUUGAAGAUGUAAUCCCAAUUCUUAUGGCUGCUUUCCACUACCAGCUAGACCAGCUCCUCUCUCACUGCAUCGAAAGACUUGUAAGAUCAGAUCUUGAUAGCACAUGCAUAGAUAAAGAGCUCCCUGAUGAAAUUUCAAGUAAAAUUAAAUUACUUCGCAAAAAAUCUCUGCCAGAAGCUGAAAGUAGUGUUGAAGAGGUGGACCCCAUACUUGAAAAGAGUUUCAGGAGAAUCCACAAGGCUUUGGAUUCAGACGAUGUUGAACUGGUGAAGCUUCUCUUGAGUGAAUCUAAUUUAACUUUGGAUGAUGCUUAUGCUCUCCAUUAUGCUGUUGCCUACUGUGAUCCUAAGAUUGUCAAGGAAGUUCUUAGUUUAGGCUCGGCUGAUCUCAAUCUCAGGAACUCCAGAGGAUAUUCAGUACUUCAUGUUGCUGCAAGGCGCAAGGAGCCAUCAAUCAUAAUGGCACUACUAACUAGGGGCGCCAGUGCAUCAGAAACUACAUUGGAUGGACAAAAUGCAGUUGCAAUUUGUCGUAGGUUGACUAGGCCAAAGGAUUAUAAUGAAAACACCAAGCAAGGUCAGGAAUCUAACAAAGACAGGAUAUGCAUUGAUGUACUGGAGACAGAUAUGCGAAGAAGGACUUCAAUGUCUGCAAACGUCUCAAUACUGUCGCCAUCGGUAGCUGAUGAUUUAAGCAUGAAGCUGGACUACCUGGAAAAUAGAGUGGCUUUUGCACGAUUGCUGUUUCCUGCUGAGGCCAGGCUAGCCAUGGACUCUGCAAAUGCAAAUUCAACCUCAAUGUACACUGGCCUUUUGGCAUCAAAAUCAAAAGGCUCAAGUGGGGACUUAAGGGAGGUUGAUUUGAAUGAGACACCCACUGUUCAAGCCAAACGACUCCAGUUGAGACUACAAGCACUGCAUAAAACAGUGGAGACAGGUCGGCACUAUUUCCCUCAUUGCUCGGAAGUGGUUGACAAGUUUCUGGAUGAUGAUAUGCCUGAUGCACUCUUCCUUGAUAAGGGGACUCCAGAAGAGCAGAAAACCAAGAAGAUGCGCUUCACGGAACUUAAAGACGAUGUGCAGAAGGCGUUUUACAAGGACAUGGAGAACAACAACAGAUCUGCCCGCUCAUCAUCUUCUUCGUCCUCGUCUUCUCCAAAAAGCGGUGUAACAUACAAGGCCAGGAGAAAGUUCUAAAACUUGUGUUCCCUGUUCUUCUUUCCUUCCAAGGAAGACUGUAAGAUUCUUACGAGUCUUUUUUUGAAGGGCAUUCGUCAUCGAAGGUUAUUUGUAUAGAGUAAUGCUAAACAUAAGAGAAAAUAUGAUAAUAAAAAACUCCAAGAAUAUCAAAGAAUAUUUUAAAAUAGAAUUUCCUUAUAGAUCACAAAAUAUAUAAUAUAUUUGGAGUUUUUUUUUUUUUUUGUCAUCUUUUCUUAAGAUUUAGCAUUACUCGUUGGUAUAAUAACAUAAGAUUGAUAGCAUCCCUAAAACAAGUUUUGCGGAUUUUCUUCUGAAUGUAAUAUAUCUCGAAGUCAGUGGCUUGUAAAAUUAACUUAUUGUGUGAUUUGUAUUAUAGUGUAUGGUACGUAGUUGUAUUAUAGUGUA